AUGUUAGAUAAAGAUAGUUUAUCAUUGAUUUGGAAAUUAGGUUACCUCUCUGUGUUGUUAGACUAUAUAAAGAGCUGGAAGCCUCAAUUAUCCAAUAUUGUACUCAUUCGUGACAAGACCAUUAUUUUGAAAAUGCGUUUCUUGAUUCUCGCCGUGCUCGUUGCAACAGCCGUAGCGACGGCCCCUUACUACAGGGUCCGUGAUGCCGUAGAAGGUCGUUAUUUGAUCAAAUUGAAGGACGGAGUAUCUAUCUCAGAUUUUGCGAGCAAGAUGGCUCCCUUGGGUGCUUCAGUAGUUAAAAAAUACCGUAAAGUGCUCAAUGGAAUUGCUAUUUCAGCACAGCCGAAGAUUAUCACUAGUCUUCGUAAUAUGGAUGAAAUUGAGUAUAUUGAAGAUGAUGGUAUCACAAGAGCUACAGUGGAAUGGGGAAUGGACCGUACAGAUCAACGCAGCAACAACCUUGAUGGUAGAAUGAACCUUUAUGCUACUGGUUCCGGUGCCAACGCAUACAUCUUGGACACUGGUUUGCGACACUCUCAUAAUGAGUUUGAUAACCGAGCAUCAUACUUCUGGGACUACGAUUCAAGCAACAAUGGUGAAGACUGUAACGGCCAUGGCACCCAUUGUGGUGGAACAGUAGGAGGUAACUCAGUUGGCAUUGCCCCAGACACAUUAUUGUACAGUGUACGAGUAUUGAACUGUCAGGGAAGUGGUCUUAUUUCAAACAUGGUUGAUGGCCUUGAUGAAAUAGUUGCUUGGGGAGACACUCCAUCCAGGUCUGUUGUAUCCAUGUCUGUUGGGGCUGGUGCUAGUUUAUCACUAGACAAUGCCGUACAACGAGUUAUCGAUGAUGGUUAUACGGCUUCCAUCGCAGCUGGCAAUGAAAACCAAGAUGCUUGCAAUACUUCACCUGCAAGAGUUGAAGAUGCUAUCACUGUUGGGGCAACCGACGUUAACGACAAUCGAGCAGGCUUCUCCAACUGGGGCAGCUGUCUUGACAUAUUUGCACCUGGUGUUGCUGUUAGAAGCGCCUGGUAUACGUGUGAUUCUUGUUAUGAAACCAUAAGUGGAACCUCCAUGGCAUGUCCUCAUGUCUCUGGUGUUGCCGCCGUACAUCUGGGUGCUGGCACUUGUAACGACAAUGCCAGCUGUAGAAAUAAAAUUGUUGCUCUGGAUUCUACUAUUGGUGCAGUAAAUGACCCCAAUGGAUCACCAAAUUUGUUGUUAUAUUGUGACUAAAUAUACACAAUAAGUAAAAGUCGUUUUAUCAGAGAACAUGGCACAUGAUGUAGACGUGAAUAAAUUUGAUUUUAAUUGAAAAAA